GCGGCCCCGCCCAGCGCGGAGCCGUUCCGGGGCACGCGGCGSCGGCGGCGAUGAGCUCGGAGCGGGGGAACGUGUCGCGCACGCGGCCCCAGCGCCACCAGAACGCGCGCGCCUUCAAGAACGACAAGUACGACACGAGCGCCCGGUGCAAGAAAAUAAAUGCUAAGCUUCAUGAUGGAGUGUGUCAGCAUUGCAAAGGUAUCUUGGAGUGGCGAGUAAAAUUCAGAAAGUACAAGCUGCUGACAAAACCUAAAAAAUGUGUGAAGUGUCUUCAAAAGACUGUGAAAGAUCCUUAUCACAUUAUUUGUCGACCAUGUGCUGGUAAACUAGAAAUUUGUGCUAAAUGUGGGAAACAAGAAGAAAUAGUAAUUCCGAUUGACAAAGGACAGGACAGCACUGAGACUACUGAAAAUGGCCAGGAGAAUAGUAGUUUGAAGGACGAGCUGGAUUUUGAUACAAAUUUCAUCAAUGGAGACAGUGAUGAAGAUUCUGAUGUGCUUGAAGAACAAUUUAAAAGUAUGAAUUUUAAAACAAUAGAGACCUAAAGGUUGURUUUAUACAGGAGAUUAUAUGCAAUCAAAUACGGUAAACCAGUGUUUACCUAAAACUGUUCAAAAACCUGAUUUGACAUCUAAGGUUCUUGUAUGUAAAUGCUGGCAUUCUGUAUGAUGCUACUUGUUGGGGAUUUSUAUUAAUAAACAUUUUUAUAUAUUAAGAGCAGAAUUUCUUGUGAAAAGAUUCAAAAAUUCUAUCUUUAGUCACAGUUAUUUAUUUCAUACUUGUAACAACUUCUUGUUUUUCUGGAAUAAAGGCUCUUUGUGUAAUUAUUUGAAAUUCAAUAUUAUGCGACCAUUGGAAAUACUGCUGCUUGGAAAUCUACAUGAARAUAGGGUAAACACAACCUUGUCCAAGCUGUAAUGGUUUUCUGAAGGAUGAACUUCCAACAUUACAUCAAUGAGUUUGCAGGUGGGGCCUUACCCUUAUGCCUGGGAGGUUUUGUGGUUUUUUUCCCAGAAAAAAAAGCAAGUGCUUCUGUCAUCAGCAGUACAGUUCAUGAACAAUUUAUGCUUAUUUACCACGAAUAAGUAUUCAUUAUGGAUUUGUUACCUUGCUACAACCAAGGUUUCAUAAAAAAAACAAAACCUGCAGACUAUUUAGCAUUUCUCWUAACUGGUCUCACAAUUUAUUUUCUUUUGACUCCAGAUGUGAUGUAGUGUUCUCUGACAUGAAAACACUUGUGUAGUGGAGUGAUGCUUAUAGUUACUUCCCAAGUUCUGUUCCAAUGUAGAUUAAGCUGUACAAAGAACUUAACUAAAUUUGCAAUAACUGUGUUUACAGGACUCAGGGUGGUUUGAUUUCUUCUGUACUGUCUUCUUCCUUUUUACAUUUAACUGACAAUGGCUAUGUACAUGGAUUAUCCUGUGACAAUAUGCUAUGCCACAGCUGAUUUGCCUGAUUUGGAGUAGUGAGUGUGGAGAAGUUUGAUUCUCAAACUAUGUUUUUCAAAGGUGCUAUGAGGAAAUUCAGCUCUGAAUUGUUACCCAUCCCUACCCUGGAAUUAAGGAAGUAUGAAACUUAACCCUUUGGGUGCAGAUAGGUACCCCAUGCCUGUCCUGUGAAAGUGGAAAACACCAGGAGAGGGUUAAUGGCAGAAAAGGAUGUUGUCAAGUUUGUUKAGAAGUGUGAAUCCGGAGGUUGUUUCACUGACAGAUAUGUCCUCCCAACAGGACAGCAGUGACAUCUGACUUGGUGUCACAUGUGUUGUCCUGCCAGUUGACGUCAACAAGGGCAGAGUAAACAAGGAAUAUCCCACGUGYGCACAGCAGAUGACCAAGUAGGGAGGUGUGUAGAGGGAAGUUAAUAAGUAAUCUGGAUUUAGCUUCAGGAAGGGUCUCUCUGAAAGGGAAACCAUGACUGUCACCAAAAGUGAACUUGGCUUUUGAAAGUGACUUACGUAUGGGAAAUGUUCUUCCACUUGGGAAAAUUUGUAAUGGCCUAGUCCUUUGUUGAAAGGUGAGAGGAAAUCCUGGAAUGAUAGGAAAACAYGCAUGGAGGUGGCAGGAGCUGUAUAAUGAGAAAAUAAGGGGAAGAAUUCUCAUAGUGAUAACACAACCUGUUGAUACCAGGGAUAAGCAAAGUGA